AGCAAUGUGUGUAACCCUCCUUGGGAGGGCAUUUCCAAAUGCUUAUAAGUAAUAGAUUUUUUUAAUGCUUCUUAGUAUCCAGACCUGCUUCUGCCUUAAGCAGCUCUCAGACAGAGCAUUUUAAAAAUAUGGCUCACUAAAGUAUGACUUGAGGUGUGUUUAUUUCAUACUUUACUGUUUCCUUUCAGUGGAUAUUUUUAUUCUGAUCGAUGAAAUGGAGCACAAUAUUACAGCUGCUAUUCCAGUGACAAAGAAUAAUGCAGAACUGGAUGUUGACAAGAUUAUGGAUAUGGUUCAAGUAGCUCUUUAUGGAAUUAUUUUCAUACUGGGAACUGUAGGAAAUGGCAUUGUUAUCUGGAUCACAGGAUUCCAGAUGCAGAAAACUGUGAACUCCAUAUGGUUUCUUAACUUAGCAGUGGCGGACUUCAUAUUUUCACUUGCACGUAUAAUCCCCCUGAUUAAGAAUGCAUUUUACACCUACUGGCCCUUCGGGCAAUUUUUGUGUAAAGUCAACAGCUUCAUCAAGUAUUUGAACAUGUUUUGCAGUGUCUUCCUGCUGGCUGUGAUCAGCUUUGAUCGCUGUGCUUCUGUUGUCUUCCCAGUCUGGAGCAAGAAUCAGCGGACUAUCCGAUUUGCUUCCAUCUCCAGCAUAGUGGUCUGGGUUUUGUCUGUAAUAAUGAGCUCACCUUUUUAUGUCUUUCGUAACAUAGUCAUGAACUCCAGCAACAAAAGCAAGUGCACACUCAGCCUUAGUUUGUCUGCAUCUGUAGACCGCGAUGAUAAAGAGAGAAACAAGCAAACUGUGUAUUUUAUUAGGUUUUUCUGUGGAUUUCUAAUUCCCUUUAUAGUUAUUGCGACUUGCUAUGCAAUUAUUGCUAUAAAGGUAAGGAGUAGACGAUUUAUCAGCUCCAACAAAACUUACAAGAUCAUUUUUGCCAUCAUAGUGACAUUUUUCUUGUGCUGGAUGCCAUACCAUGUGUUUCUUCUCCUCAAAUAUUACAACUAUAAAGGUAUGUUCAUGGACAUCGGCUCCCCACUUACUUCCUGCAUUGCCUACUUAAACAGCUGCAUGAAUCCCAUCUUAUACUUUUUCAUGGGUAUUGACUUCCAAAAUAGGUUACGCCACUCAGCCUUCUCAGUGCUGAGAAAGACUUUUCAGGAAGAAGAAACACAGCUGAAUACAAGUAGUCGGCAGAAAAAUAGUACUGCCUAUGAAGCAGACUUUAUGUCUUACGAACAAAAACUGUAAUUUACCUUAUGUCAAAAAACUGUAACAUGCAAGUAACUGUAGCAAAAGAAAAGUGGAAUCCUAUUAAGGAGGAUGAUUCUUGGACUGAGAGAACCAAGUGCAAUGAGACUGAUAGAGGAAAAGUUUCAUAUAACAACAAAAUGAGCUACAACAUGUAUGUAUGGGGGGAUAUAUUUACAUUAUCUGAGUGUGUGUGUGUGUGUGUGUGUGUGUGUGUGUGUGUGUGUGUGUGUGUGUGUGUGUGUGUGUGCACAGUCAGUUAGCCAGACAUACUUUAUGUGAUGAAUAUUGACUCCAUACAGAUGAAGUGGCCAUCAAAAAGCAUUUUAAGUUAUAACAGGUAUAUUAGUAUGUGCAUAAUUUAAACAUGCUGCUUAUGUUUUUGAUUUAACUGUGAAACAAGAUAUAUUUGCUAACAGAAAAGAGGUGAUAAUGUUUAGUUUAGUUUCAAACUUGUUUUUUUCAUUAUUGUAAUGCACACAUACACAGAUGCACACAUCACACAAAUAAACAUCUGUAGCAUCUGUUCUGAUUAGAAUGGUGUACUGUGCAUGGUUGUUACUGCCCACAAACAGAAGACUAGUAAUGGCUUCCUCUGAAAUUAUUCGUACUAGCCAAAGAACUUCAUUUUAUUACCAUCUUAAUGAAUUACAAGUCUGAUAUACUGCAAUAUGCAUAGAUACUUUAUUUAUUUGCCAUUUAUUGACUUGGAUAGUCCAACUGAGCUUGUGCCCUUCUUCAGCGGAGGCCCUGGGAGAAAAGCUCCACAGUGCAAAUUAUGCAAGUAAAAAAUUCACAAGAGUGAAGUAAGAUCCAAUAAACACAAUAAAAGUUUAUAUAAAAAAGGUUAAGCAGAUGUGAUAACAACAUAGCUUCAAAUGUGUAAUUAUUUUUGAAUUACUGAUUGCUGGGAUCCAAGUAUCUACAUGAGUGUUAAAUGCAUAUUGUAUGCUAAUCAUCUAUUUGAAACAACUACGACCACAAUGUUUUGUUCUUAAAUUAUCUCAAGAUUGUGUACAUAAACGGUUUAACUGCUCUAA